UUGCACAUCAAAGUUUCGCUGCCUGACCCGGUAAUGACUAUGUGACAGACAGAAAGAAAGCAUCAAUGCGGGGCCAAAGAAAUAUGAUUGCGGCGGUCUUUCUGCUGUGUGCUGUCAAGCUUCACUGCUCUGAUGGUGUGUCAGCGCAGAAUCUGGCCUGUGUGCCCAGUCAUGAGGUGGCCUGUUUUGUGCCAGCUGACUAUCUGAAUGCGUCUGGUCCUGUCAGCGUCGAGGUGUGUGUUGGUCAGAAACUCAUCAUCUCCCUGGAGCACUUCUCUGAACACUCCGUCUGCAACUGGACCGGAGGAGCAGGCCAAGUACUGACAGUAAAUGUGAGUCACUCCAUGAUUCUACCAAUGCUUUCUGAGAGAUAUUCAGGGGAGCACACGCUGAGCUGUGAAACUAGCGAUGGAAACAGAACCUCAAUGACUGUGUCUCUGCAUAUAGUAACGAAACGCCCCACAAAACCGAAGCUGACACUGGAUAAAGCUGAUGUCCCCCGUGUGUCCCCUUAUGUCACAUGCAUGUCUGAGGGCUGCCCAAAGCCCACGCUGAAAUGGUCUGGGAACAAAAAUGGGAAAGCUGUUUCUUCAAACGGCAGAGGGACAGUGAGCACAAUAUCCAGCAGUGACUAUGCUGAUAAAGAACUGAUGUGCUGUGCUACUAAUGCUGAAGGACAAGAAUGCUCCCAGCUAUAUGACUAUGACCUGGAGAAAGAAAAUGAUACAUUUUCUAAUGUGACUGUGAGCCCUGGUCAGUCUGUACUUCUUCGCUGCCGAACACGGCAAAGGUGGCCGGAAUUUGUGUGGGACAACGGUAACAAAACUAUGAGCCACAAAACAUUAGCAUGCUCCUCUAAAGUCAAGAAGGAGAUCUGCAUAAAAGAUGACAGACAUGAUCUAAGCUGGAUGACUUAUCUGUUCAUCGAUUCAGUUAGUGUGGACCACAGUGGCAAAUAUACCUGCAGGACUGAAAACCAAAUGACAAAGUCUGUUUACAUUCAUGUCCAAGCUGAAGGUUACCUCUCUGUCCAGCUGGAUGAGAGCAAGAUCAUGUCAGCUCAGGAGGCCUCCAGCUCCUGUUUGGAAGCCAGUGUCUCCUACCACCCUGUACUCCAGCACUGUUACUGGGAAGCUCCUGAUAAAACUAUGACUAAAUGCAUCCGGGAAAGCUGGGUGACAAAACACAGGACUGUGAAGUUAUGUGAUGUGCUGAGAUCGGGAGUUUACAAAUUACACGUGGAGGCUGGAGGAAAAAAUGAAACAAAGACUAUGUCAGUGUGUGUUGUAGACACACCAAAUAUUUGGAUUGACAACGACACGGAUACCUUCAACGUUGAGAUGGAAACACUCGUGCCAGCAAAUUAUAACUGGACGUCUUGUACUUGGACCAUUGAAGGCUGUGAAACAAACUCUUCCUGGGAGGAGAUCCCAGAGUCCUCUCAAACAGACUCUGAUGUCCUCUGUAAGAAGACAAUCAAGAGCUCUGUGAGCAGAGAUCGAGUGAAUGGACACCGUUUAAGGUUUUGCCUGACAAACUCAGUUGGCUCCUGGUGCGGAAUUCGAAACUUAAUGUACUCCCAGCCUUCACUCCAGGCCGCCAUUGGUAGUCCUCCAGAUGACGACAACGGCAGCAUGAUGGUGCUGAAAGUGGGCAGUUUGAUUCUGCUUCUGGCCUUAGCAGUAGUUAGCAUUGCGCUCUUGUACUUUGUUAAAAAGAAGAAACCCCAGUAUCAGCCCCAGCUUCAGAUGCUCCAGAUGGUUGGACCCAACGACAAUGAUUACAUCUACUUAAACUUCAAGAACUUUGAGUACGACCAGAAAUGGGAGUUUCCGAGGGAGAACCUGGAACUGGGUCAAGAACUGGGCUCUGGGGCUUUUGGCAUGGUGGUUCAGGCUACAGCUUAUGGCAUCAACAAGCCUGGAGUCUCACAGCAGGUGGCUGUCAAGAUGCUUAAAGAGAAACACGAGACAGUGGAGAAGGAGGCUUUGAUGUCGGAGCUUAAGAUGCUGACUCACAUCGGUCACCAUGCCAACAUUGUUAACCUGCUCGGGGCCUGCACAGAGUCAGGACCCAUAUACCUGAUCUUCCAGUACUGCUGUUAUGGAGAUCUACUGAACUACCUGAAGACAAACAGGGAGCACUACCACAAGUCUGUGACCGAUGCUUUCAACAAGGACCGUUUCAGCAGCAUUUACCACAACCUGCAGCCAAGGAAAAGCUCCAGUGAGCUCAACCAAGCAGUGGACAAUUACGUGCCCAUGCACAGCUCUACCACCAGAGGGCAGGAGGACAUCGCCCUCCUCACCAUCAACUCUGGUGACAUGGACAGCUUUGAAGACCCAGUGAUCUAUGAAGACCCAGACGAUCAGACAGAGGACCUGCAAACCCUGACCUUUGAUGACCUGCUCAACUUUGCCUACCAAGUGGCCAGAGGCAUGGAGUUCCUGUCCUCCAAGAAUUGUAUCCAUCGAGACCUGGCUGCUCGAAAUGUGUUAGUGACAAAGGGCAGACUGGUGAAGAUUGGUGACUUCGGACUGGCCCGGGACAUCGACAACGACUCCAACUAUGUUGUGAGAGGAAAUGUGCGUUUGCCAGUGAAGUGGAUGGCACCAGAGAGUACCUUUCAGGGCAUCUACACCAUGAAGAGUGACGUCUGGGCUUAUGGCAUCCUGCUGUGGGAGAUCUUUUCACUUGGUGUUACUCCAUACCCGGGCAUGAAGGUGGAUCACACGUUCUAUUCAAUGAUUGAGAGAGGAUUUAAGAUGGAGUGUCCAUAUUACGCCAACGAGUCUGUGUAUGAGAUCAUGUGUAAGUGCUGGGCUCUGGAUCCCUCCAGCCGGCCGUCUUUCUCCAAGCUGGUGUCCUUUAUGUGUGACCAGCUUACAGACAGAGAGGAGAAGCUCUACCAUAACAUGCUCGACCAGACAUCCAGCGACUACCAGAACACAGCAGCUGUUUUGGACAUUUCCGCCCUGACAAAACAGAGCGAGAACAAGACGCAGUCAGCCAACAAUUACUGUCAAACUCAUGCCACAGAGGAAAACGAGGCAGAGGUGUCCGACUCAGACGCCGCAGCAGCUGAGGAGAAGCUUGUGAAGCCAUCUGAUACAGAGUGAUCA